UAACACUUUGCUGGGUUGUAGUGAGGAUGACUGUCUGGUGAACUGCAGUGUAGAUGACAGUAAGAACUCGUCUCCGGAGCCUGAAUGUAACAGUGUGGAGGAGAACCCAGGGUCAGAGGAUAGUAAUGAUGUGGAGGAUUUAGUCAUGGAACCACCAACAGCCACCAUUGUGUCCACUAUUGGAAUAGCAUUGCCUACAACUAACACGGAGCCAAAAUUUAGCAAAGUGAACCGCAUGAAGCCAACCACUAACACCAACAAUAAAGUGGAAAGUGGCAAGGUGAACUCAACUGAGUCCAAGAAAAAUAAACGAAACCGCGAAAAACGUGAGCGAUACCCAGAUGUGGAGAACAUGCCAAUCCCUACAAUGUCUAGUUCUAGUGGUGACAUCACCACAACAACUACCACCAUUACUGUGCGGCCAAGUCCAGGACGAGCAAACAACAGGAACAGCACAGCCACUCGCAAGAAAAAGGGGGAGCGUGAUCAGGUGCUCAAGAAUGCGAGCACAGGCAUUGGUGAUUUGGAUGACUUUGGAACAUUACCUGAGAAUAUGAAGAUCAGUGACAGAGAGCUGGAACGAAUGAAAAAAACGGGAGGAAAAGUGAAAUCUUCUGGAUCUGAUGUGGAUAACAAGAAACAUCACCACUCUCAUCCAAUGUCGGACAAGGGCAAUGUCGAAGUGACCACCACCCCUUCAAAUCUUUCUGUGAAAACGUCGUCCCUUGUCAAUAGUCCAAAGAAGGGACAAAAGAAGGAGGAAGGCUGGAAGGAAGUCACUAGAAAGAAAUCCUCAACCGCUCCUGAUGUUAAAGGUCCAACAGGCAGAGACAGAUCCAAGAAAGUGCAGGUGCCAUCAGCAGCUAUCAGUCGAGUGAUUGGACGAGCAGGAUGUAACAUCAAUGCCAUUCGAGAGGUGUCUGGGGCCCACAUAGAGGUUGAGAAGCAAAGAGGCUCCGGGGAACGUGUUAUUACCAUCAAGUAUGUAUUCCUCUUGUUGUUUUGCAAGAGGAGAAGAAUAUUCACAGCUGUAUGUGUUAACUUGUCACAAAGUGCCAACUUCUGUAUAUAUAUCGGCUAACAGUUAUAAUGAUAA